AUGUAUUUAGCAGCGAACAUCAACCGCUUAGUGUUUGUCGAAAUGCUUUUUUAUUCUGCGUACUUUCCUGACGACGCCAUUCGGUUCACCAGCGAUGCCAUUUGUCAAUCAUCCCAUAACAUUAUCGACAUAUUCUACGUGAACACAACAACGACGACCGAUCGAUUUUUGAAAUUGUUGUACAGCAAAUGUCCAGUACCGGUACUACUAAAUCAGCUCGGCAAAUAUAUCGAAAAUCCGGAGAAAGAUACAAGGCCAUCGACCAAAGUGUUGCUGAUAAAUACCAUGGAGCAAGUGGAUACAUUCAUGGACUUCAUCUAUGAAUUUCGGAUCGGAAAGGACAAACGAAAGUAUUUUGUGAUUAUUGAACGUCACAUGGAGCCGAAUCCGGAUCAGUGGCUGUACUAUUUGUUUGCGAAAUUUUGGCGAAAACAAAUUCUGAAUGUCGUUGUCGUCUUCUACAAGGAAUCCGUUCAGAUUUUUACAUAUCAAUUGUUUGAAGAUUGUGGAAAUUCAGAUGGCAGUAAUAUAUCACCGACCACGACAUCACCUAAUUCUGAGCAAGCAUAUCAUGAACAGGAAUUUUAUUUGAAUGUCUUGAACAUAACCAGUUAUCCCACGUCGAAAUGGUUCUUCAACAAACUGACUAAUUUACAGAGAAGGAAGCUGGUCGUUACAAUGAUUUCGGUCCCGAACCGUGCAUAUCUUAGAGAGGAUAAAACGUUCUACGCCGGGAUUGAUGGUAACGUUGCUGAAUUGAUACGGUCACGUAUGAACGCAACUUUUACUUACAUAUCUCCGAAGUUCUCUUUUAAUGGUUCAAAUAACACGGGUCCCUUUGGCGAUAUCGUCCAGAAAAGAGCCCAUUUCUCUUUUAAUAUUCAUGCAUACGCACCAUACAACUUCAACAAUACUGUGGAGCAAACUAACGCUUUCGACCACGUAAAAUUCUGCGUCAUUGUACCGAGAAAUGGCAUGAGCCCCGUUGCCUUCAAUAUUUUCCACAGCAUGACACCAGCAAUAUGGGUAUUGGUCAUUGUGGCGAUCGUCAUUGUAACUAUAGCUUUAGCAUCAGUUCAGUACGCUCACAAGAAUAUUCGUAAGCGGAUAAAUCAUUUGACGGAACAGCACAAGAGUUAUACCAUCGUUGAAUUAGCUUCCAUCGUUCUUCAAUCGUUUUUUGGUGAUGCAAUCGAACAGAUUGCCUUCUAUCAUCAUUCGUUAAGAUUUAUUUUGCUCGGUUGGUUGAUCUACAGCUUUUUGAUAACGAGCGCCUUCACGGCCACAAUUAUUAGCUCAUUGAUAAAGCCUAACCAUCGCGAAAACAUCAAUACUAUAGCCGAGCUGGCCGCAUCUAAACUCACCAUCUUAUAUCCCAAACCCAUUGCAAAGAAUAUUGAGAACGGAUUUGACUAUCACACAUUCCAAUUGCUCGAAGACAAUUUCAAAGAAAUUAACUCGUGGGAGGAGCAUCUGACGAUUUUGAAUCAAAAUAAAACCCAAUACGCGUAUGUCCUAGCCGAUUACUAUUGCUCGCAUGCGGUGAGAAGUAACAUCGAUAAAGAAACCGGUGAGUCGAUUUUUCACAUGGUACCCGAAUGUCUAUCUUCUCAUCCGAAAGUAUAUUUUGCGCAGCGCGGUUCGAUGUAUUUGGGCUACGUUAAUGAACUGUUGGGCAGAUUCCACGAAUAUGGUAUGUUUCGAAGGUGGAUUGCUGAAUCAAAAUUUUUCAGUGUAAUGAAAGGACUUCGGAUGGGAUAUCAAGCUGCGGACAAGGAAGUCGACUAUGCUUCUGUUAAAGUGGCUAUGAACAUGGAAUAUCUACAGACACCAUUUUAUAUGCUGGUAAUGGGCCUACUCUUGUCGACAAUCAUAUUUUGUGUGGAAAAGCGUUGGUAUAAAAUGGUUAAACAAAAGCAGCAUGACGAAGGCGGAGGUUUUGAAGUAGACAUUGAAUUUGAAUUGGAGUAA